AUGAGUGCCCCGCUUGUCCUAUUACCUAGCGACGAGGUACCUCCAGACCAUCUUCCUACCAACAGCUCCAACCCUCUACGACUAGGCCCCGGCCUCCGCAUCCUAUCACAGCCCUCUUCAAAGGGAACCAAACAUGUCUUAACAGCAACACAAGCUGGUCUGUUGACGACCGAUGCCAAACGAAACACCGUCUCGCUUCUUUCUUUCCCGAACCGCCGAUACAUUCCCACCGUCAACGACUUCGUCAUUGCUCAGAUCCACCAUUCCAGCGUUGAUUUCUUUCACUGCAUGGUAACUCCACACACAGCACACGCGCUUCUGGGUCAGUUGUCCUUUGAGGGCGCAUCCAAGAAGACAAGGCCAAUGUUGAAGCAAGGCGAGCUGGUGUAUGCGCGAGUACAGUCCGUGGGACUCGGCGCCGGCGCCGAAGUUGAACUCACCUGUGUCAACCCAGCAACUGGCAAGGCUGAUGGAGGAUUGGGACCCUUGGCGGGUGGAAUGGUAUUUGAUGUUUCGACUGGUAUGGCGGCUCGCUUGAUUCGGGCAAGCUCUUCUUCUGCCGAGAAUACGGAUGCAAUUGAAGGAUUGGUUGUUCUUUCUGAGCUUGGAAAGAAGUUGGAGAGCUUGGGAGGGUUUGAGAUUGCUGUUGGCCGCAAUGGAAAGGUGUGGGUGGACUGCUCCAACGCCGCAGAAAGUGCUGUCAAGGUCACUAUCGCAAUUGGACGCUGUCUACAGGAGACAGAUCAGCAAAAUCUUCACACUCAUGACCAAAAGAAACUAGUGACGAAAAUCCUAAGGGAUAUGAAGCUUGUUUCGUGA